UAGAGUUUGGUCUAAAUCAGUGCCAGGGUCCCCCCUGUCUCUCCUUUACAGUGCUGCCUCAGGUCCCUGGAUCUAACAGCAUUGUAUCUACACAAUACAAAUGGUGGAGGAACUGUUCCAAAGCUUCUAUAAAGAGUAAGCUGCAUGGAUUUUUGAAAUAAGUGCUCUGGGUGCUCAGAGGAUAAAGCUUGAGUUGAAUUUGACUUCUAAGAAAGAAAGAAAGAGAGAAAGAAAGAGACAUUUUGAUUUGCUGACCUGGAUUUGUCCUUUGCGAAUGGAGAAAACGGAAAUUACCCAGAAGGUUGGUAUUUGAAAAUGCGUUCCAGAAGUAACAGCAGAGAAAAUUCUUCUAAGUCAGAACACUGUCAACAAAUGCUAAGUGACAGCUGUAUGGAAGAUAUAGGGACAGCAAAAAUGAAGAGGAGACAAACAGAAAAAUGUCAUGCACCAGAAACAGAUACCAUAAUAAGAAGUCCUGAAUUAGACAAGAAGCAGAGAAAUUAUUCCAAGAAGAGUGAAGAUCUUUCCAGAGAUGAUCUCUUAUUUCUUCUGAGUGUGCUUGAGGGUGAAUUACAGGCUCAGGAUGAAGUCAUAGGAGUUUUAAAGGCUGAAAAAAUUGACCUGGCUUUACUUGAAGCACAAUAUGGCUUUGUUACCCCAAAAAAGGUCCUUGAGGCACUUCAGCGAGAUGCUAUACAAGCCAAGACUACACUAUGGCAGGAGGAUAUCUAUGAAAAACCCAUGGGAGAGCUUGACAAAGUGAUUGAAAAGCAUAAGGAAACUCACAGACGCAUGCUGGAGCAGCUAUUAAUGGUAGAAAAAUCUCACAGGCAAACCCUAUAUGACCUAGAGGAUGAGAAGAGGAAGCAUGCAGAGUACAUGGAGAAAAGUGACGAAUUUACUAAUUUAUUGGAACAAGAACAAGAACGAUUGAAGAAGUUUAUUGACCAAGACACAGCCUACCAGACAAAAAAAGAAAAGGAAAACAGCAAGAAAAUAAACAAACUGAAGGAGGAGCUGACAAAACUCAAGUCAUUUGCUUUAAUGGUAGUGGAUGAACAACAAAGACUUACAGAACAGCUAAGCCUGCAAACCCAAAAAAUCCAAGAUCUAACUAUCACUGCAGAACAAGCACAUGAGAAACUCUCUAUUGCAGAAACAAAAGCUCAAGAAGAAGAGCAGAAAGCUCUCAGGCUGGAAGCAGAACUUCAAGCACAAACUAAUAAAGUUUCCCAAGAACAAGAGGUUGCAAUGGCCAAACUAACCAACGAAGAGAGCCAGAAUCGCCAGCUCCGCUUAAAAUUAACAGCUCUCAGUCGACAAAUUGAUGAACUUGAAGAGACUAAUAAGUCCUUACGAAAGGCAGAAGAAGAAUUGCAAGACCUGAGGGAGAAAAUGAAUAGAGGGGAAUGUGGAAAUUCUUCCCUUAUGUCUGAAGUGGAGGAGCUAAGGAAAAGAGUACUGGAAAUGGAAGGGAAAGAUGAAGAGCUCAUAAAAAUGGAAGAACAGUGCAGAGAGCUUCAUAAGAAGCUAGAAAGGGAAGCCUCUCAAAGUAAGAACUUUAAAGCAGAAGUGGAUAAACUCAACAAGAGAAUUAUGGACCUAGAGAAACUUGAGGAUGCUUUCAGCAAGAGCAAGCAGGAAUGUUAUUCUUUGAAAUACAAUCUAGAAAAAGAAAAAAUGUUAACAAAGCAGCUGUCACAGGAACUUGAUGGCUUAAAAGCUCGUAUUGGAGAGCUUGAAACCAUGGAAAGUAAAUUGGAGAAAACAGAAUUUACACUUAAGGAAGAUUUGACUAAACUGAAAUCAUUGACAGUAUUGCUUGUAGAUGAGAGGAAAACAAUGAACGAAAAAAUAAAGCAAGCAGAAGAAAAGUUACAGACUGCAAAUUCACAGCUUCAGCUGGAACAAAAAAAAGUUAUGUCAGUCACAGAAAAAUUGAUUGAGGAAAGUAAGAAGGCAUUAAAAUCUAAAACUGAAGCUGAGGAAAAAAUGUCCAAUCUCACAAAAGAGAGAGAUGAUCUGAAAAGCAAACUAAAAGCAGAGGAAGAAAAAGGAAAUGAUCUCUCUUCCAAGAUGAAUCUGCUAAGGAAAAAGCUCCAGUCCCUAGAAGCCAUUGAAAAAGAGUUUCUAAAAAAUAAACUUAAGGACAUGACCAAACCUACCCCAUCUGUACAGCAAGAAAACAACAAGAUUAAAGAACUAGCCCAGGAAAUUGAUAGGCUCAAACACAAACUUAAAGAAAUGAAGGCCAUAGAAGAUGAUCUCAUGAAAACCGAAGAUGAAUUUGAAUCUUUAGAACGUAGAUACAUUAAUGAACAAGAUAAAGCCAGAUUUCUGGCAGAGGAACUUGAGGUUGUGAAAAGAGAACUGGCUCGGUAUAAGUUAGCAGAGAAGACAGAAUGCAACCAUGAGCAGAGAUUAUUCCGAAAACUCAAGGAUGAAGCAGCCAAGUCAGGACACCUUUCAAGAGAAGUAGAUGCGCUGAAAGAGAAAAUUCAUGAGUACAUGGCAACCGAGGAUUUAAUAUGCCAUCUAAGGGAAGACCACACAAUUCUGCAGAAGAAACUCACCCAUCAAGAAAACAAAAACAAAGAAUUAGGAAGAGAAAUGGAAAUCCUUACUAAAGAACUGGAGAGGUAUAGGCGUUUCAGCAAGAGCCUUAGACCAAGUCUCAAUGGAAGGAGAAUUUCUGACUUGCAGGUUGUCUCUAAGGAAGUCCAAACAGAACCAGCAGACAAUGAACCACCUGAUUACAAGAGUCUAGUUCCUUUGGAACGAGCUGUCAUAAAUGGACAUUUAUAUGAAGAGAGUGAUAAUGAAGAUGAAGAUGAUGAUGAGCAAACUUUGUCCUUCAAGUGCAAUUCCUCUGUUGCAAAUGCAGUGAACAAUAGUAAACUUUGGAUACCCUGGAUGAAGUCCAAAGAAAGCCAUAUUCAAAAUGGAAAAGUUCACACCAAGCAGAACGGAAAUUGCAUUCAGCCUGGAAAUUUAGUUCUAAGCCACACACCAGGCCAGCCUCUUCAUAUAAAGGUUACUCCAGAUCAUGGGCAAAACACAGCCACCCUUGAAAUAACAAGCCCUACUACGGAGAGCUCUCACUCUUUUACUAGUACAGCUACAAUACCCACCUGUGGCACACCAAAGCAAAGGAUCACCAUAAUUCAAAAUGGAUCUUUAACUCCUAUAAAAUCUAAAGUAGCUGAUGGUUAUUUAAGUCCAGAACAAGCCAUGCCACCUCUUACUAUGUCUACCUUUGCUCGAUCUCAAACACCUGAAUCAUGUGGCUCUGUAACUCCAGAAAGGACAAUGUCCCCUUUGGCUCUGACAAGUUCCUCAAGUUCCCCUGAGCAAUUACUUUCACCGGAACCACUGGAAAUCAGUGACAAGCAUGCUAUCUUUCGAGUAUCCCCUGAAAGGCAGUCGUCCUGGCAGUUCCAAAGAUCUAACAGUUCUGGUUCUAGUGUGAUAACUACUGAGGAUAAUAAAAUACAUAUUCAUUUAGGAAGCCCUUAUGUCCAAACUAUUCCUAAUUCAGCAAAAAACAUUAGUCCUUGCACCCCUGUGCAGGAUAACAGAACUCCAGCAUUAACUAAUGGAACACCAAGUAAACCUAUCAACAAAAUCACCAGCAGCAUCACUAUUACACCCACAGCCUCUCCUCUCCCACGGCAGUCGCAAAUUACAAUUGCUGAUGUUUUCCGUCAAGCAAUUCCAACUCGGAUCCCUAAAGCCAUGAGCACAACAGUGGUACCAAUGAGGGCACCUGCUGGACAACUCAAGACAACACUUCAGGGCAGUAAAGAUGGAAAAUCACACAACACAAGAACCAUUCCCAAUGCCAUCAUUCAAAAUGGUGGGAAAAGAUAGACUGCCUGAUGUGUGAUAGAAUAAUGUCUAACUUUUGAGACAUGUACAAGAAAAAGGUAAUACAAAACAUGGGUAGAAAAUAUUAACAUUGACACUGGAAUUAUAAGGCAUCAGGACAUGCUUAUGAACUGUUUCAGUCAUCUACCAUAAAUUUAAUAAUUGCUGUAGUCGAAGGACUUUCCAGGUGGGGUGGGAGUGAAUGAUUUUUUUAAAGUGUUGCACAUCUAUAAAAUAGAAGUUGUAUCAGACAAACAUUAGAUCUGAGCAACGUAGAGUAAAAUACUGCAAGUGGAAGAAGAGAAAUAAGACAACUGGAGACAUUAGUAAUUGUUGCCAAGAGGUCUACUGUACUUGCCUGCUCCCUCACCCUACUUUGUGCUGCCACGCCAGUAUCUCAAAGUCUUUCCAGACCUUUAAAGCUGGAACUGCCAGACUUUACAGUGCUAUGUUUUAUUUACUUCCACCCCCAGUGCAACAGAAUGGCAGCUACAUUGAUGAAUCAAAGUCUUUCUUCUAGUCUUAAGGGACAGUAGCUCUUUAAGACCAGAGUGUGGAGAUUGACAGCGAUGAAAACACUCCAGAAGGGCAGAGCACUUUGGUGCUUCUAUGAACUCUCUCUACUGGCAGAAAGGAAGAGAAACACACUAAAAUGCCAGCCUCACAGUGCUGCAGAAGAACCACAAGAGAAAUGGUCAAGGGCUUGCCAGUCAAUGCCCCCAUCCGGAAAAAAGAGAGGGUUAUAUGCAGCAGUGGCGCCAUGAGGGUGAAUUGCCACAUACCACGUAGCCAAUGAAGGAAGUGGAUUCCCAUCCCCAAAAUACUUAUUUAAAAGGGCACUAUGUGUUUUAAAAAGCUGAGAUGCUGUGUAUUUUAAUUAUUUCAAUGUAUUUUGUGUGUCAAAGAGAUGUUGAAUGAUUAACUAUUUUUUUAAAUUGGAAAUUGUUUCUUUUACAACCAGUACAUAUGUUUGGUUCUGUAAAGCAAGACAACAAACAUUUUCCUAUAUCUCAUUAUAAAGUAAAUUCUUUUAGUACUUAUACAUGAAAUAAUAUAAAUCCUUGAACAACAACCCCAAGGUGCCAUCCAAAAGUGGGUGAAGUGUUUUUAAGUACCCCAACCAGAAACCUAUGAGGUAAAAUAAAAU